CAACAACAACAUGAAGAAGCUUGUGCGAAUAAUUUUUGUGUUUAUUUUCUUAUCGAUGUCAGUUAGUAGUGAAACUGAUUCAAACCAGUUAUGGGAUGAAAUUGAUUGGUCAAAGGUUGUUCCCGUUCAAGAAAUUCCAGGAUUUUGGGAUGGUCGUGAGAAUCUCCAACCGUUCGUUCCAUCACGAGCGAGAUCAUCGAGAAUUGUUGGCGGUGUUGUUGUGCAACCAAAUUCUCAUCCUUACAUGGUUGCAUUACUUUUUGCACACUCAACUGGUGUUUCACUGUGUGGUGGAUCAUUGAUAGCAAGAAAUCAAGUACUGACAUCUGCUCAUUGCAUGGUUGGGACGACAAACUGUCACGUCAUUGCUGGAGCACACGACAUUUCGACUACUGAGAUAACACAACAACGUUGGAGAGUGUUUAAUCUUGUGACAAAUCCACCAAGCAUGUUCCCAAAUUACAACAUUCAUCAAGAUUAUAAUCCAUCAAAUUUCCACAAUGACAUUGGAAUCCUCAGAAUGAACACACAAGCUGAAAUUAAUGAAGCUGUUCAGCUUACUGUAUUUCCAUCGAUUGGAAAUUUUGAAACAUUUGAAGGUGAAAUUGCAACUGUGACUGGAUGGGGUCGAAUUUCAGAUAAUUCUCAAUCCACAAGUUCAGUUCUUCGUAGUGUUCAGAACAAUGUCAUAACAAAUAAUCAAUGCGCAGCUGUAUAUGGUAAUGUAAUCAUUGAGAGUACACUUUGCAUGUCAACUGCUGGUGCACGUGGCAAAUGUAAUCAAGAUGCUGGUGGACCUUUGACUGUCUCAAGAAACGGUGAGAGAAUUCAAAUUGGAAUUGCAUCGUUUGGUGCUGCUGUUGGUUGCCAACAAGGAUAUCCAUCGGGUUAUGCUCGUAUCACCAGUUUCAGACAAUGGCUUCAAGAACGAAUCAUUCCGUCAGUUGAGAAUUAAUUAAACAUAACUUUAAUGUACAUUAAUUAAACAUUUAUUUAAAUUCCUUGUCACUUAUAAAAAAUAGUUAAAGUUUUUAAUAAAAAGCUCAACAAAGCGACUUGUUCC